UGCCGCGUAUUCCAGGUGCGCCUUCACGGCCUUCAUUCCUGCUUUGUCUUUGAAACACAGGCAUCCGGCACAGAUGGCAAACCCUCCGCCAACACCGCCUGUCUACCGGGACCCGUGGGCCAAGCGGGAAGCUUGGAGGAAGCACCCGGUCUUCUCCAGACGCGCGAUGUUCAGCAAGAUGUUUCCCGGCUUUGGCGUGGCAGUGGUCGCCUUCACCACCUACGUGGUUGUGGAUAAUAUGUUCCUCAGCGCGAAGGGCGACUCGCAUCACUGAAGGAGCGGCAGACAUGUGUGCGCAUCUUGUCGUUCCACCAUCCCCCUCGCUAUCCCGCUUUCCACCCAAUGUAAUGCUAGAGUAAUCCAAACCCCAUCAACGUAUUGGAGUGUGUGUUCGCUGGCAAGGGCCCGAUCGACAGC